AUGGAAUACAGAAGUUUGGGAAAUACUGGGUUAAAAGUUUCAGUGAUAAGCUUUGGUACUAUGGUUGUAACAGAUGAUCCUCUAUAACAAGAGAAAACCAAUGAACAUGUUAAAAAGGCAUGGGAUCUAGGUAUUAACUAUUUUGAUACAUCGGAAUAUUAUGGAUAUGGUCUAGGGGAAAUUUAAUUGGGAGUUGCUCUUAAGUCACUUAAAGUUCCAAGAGAAGAUAUUGUAGUUUCUACAAAAAUAUUUUUAGGCAGUAAGAUAGGAGACAUUAAUUGUCAAAAGAUUAAUUCAAUAGGGCUUAGCAGGAAACAUAUUAAGGAAGGAGUUAAAAAUUCUCUUAAAAGACUUUAACUUGAUUAUGCAGAUAUAGUCUUUUGCCAUAGAUUUGAUCAUGAAACUCCUUUUGAAGAAAUAGCAAGAGCUUUCACAGAGCUAAUCUAAGCAGGAGUUAUUCAUUACUGGGGAACAUCAGAGUGGAGUGCUGCAAAUAUAUUUGAGAUGAGAGAAAUAUGUGCAGAAAAGAACCUAAUAAAACCUUGUGUCGAAUAGCCUUAGUAUAAUAUGAUAGCCAGAGAUAGAAUAGAGUCAGAGUAUGCUCGUCUAUUUGACAAAUAUAGAAUGGGAUCUACUGUAUGGAGUCCUUUGGCAUAGGGAAUACUAGCCGGUAAAUAUAAUUAAGGAGGAGUGCCAGAAAGUGUAAGAUUUGAAGCUUAAAACAGUUUUAUUUUUAAAAGAUACUGGAAUAAUUUCUUUAGCCCAGAAAAAAAAGAUCAUUUACUUAAUGCAUUAGGUCAGCUUGCUGACUAUGCUAAAGAAUUGGACAUGACAUAAGCUUAACUAGCUAUGUGCUGGGUGCUAACAAAUAAAGAUGUUUCUACAGCAAUUACAGGAUGCUCAAGAGCAGAAUAGUUAGAAGAAACAGUAAAAUGUGUAUAAAUGUAUAAAAAGUUAACUCCAGAAGUAUUACUGAAGCUAGAAAAAAUAUUAGGCAAUACACCUGAUUAAGGAAUUAAUUAUAAAACAUUUACUCCUUUACCCACAAGAAGGUGA